CAUUUGCUUCACUCCGUGCCACCGCCAUGGAUAAAGACCUAACUCUUCACGAGAAAAUAGUAUUGCGGUUUAACAAGAGAAGAGAGGCAGGUGCUGACCCAAGAAUCUUCAAUAGGUAUAGCCCUUUCUUGUUCAUAGCGGAAGUGACGGGCGUUUGGUACUACGGCACGUUCCACGCUAUCCCGUUUCUGUAUGCAGGGUACGGGGGAUUAACGGUCACAGUCAUGCAGGCGCUUAUUUGCUUUCUUACCUUUGAAAUUAUGAUUAACUGGUGGUACGUUUAUACCGUGGACUCGAACUACAAUCCUCAGCGUCACGGGACACAGUUGCCGGAAACUGAGUCAGUCUUGCAGAUGGUGACCGAUAAAGACUGCCAAAUAAAGCGACGAGAAGCCGACAGGACCAAAACUGGCUCCACUUCCGGUCACUAUUGGUCGUGGCAGUAUUGUACUAUAUGUGAUCAGCCACGCCCCCCUCGCUGCCACCACUGCAUGCUGUGUAACCGGUGUUCACUCAAACGUGAUCACCAUUGUUUCUUUGCCCGGAACUGCGUCGGUUACCGGAACUUUCGUCAUUUCACCGUCAUGGUGUUCUGGGCAUUUUUGUCCUCCGUGAUUGGUUUUGUCCAUGCACUUCCUUUCAUUUUGCUGGAAGUGCUGCCUCCGGGCGGUUAUGUCGAUUUGUUUCCCUGUGCAGCGUUCUUCCGGUGGAUGUUUGGAUAUUCCGACUUCCAGGUCGGGGUCCUUGUCCUAGGAUUAUGGUUUCUUGUGAUGUUUAUUGUUUUAACGACUUCAGUGAUACGCGAUAGCGUCAGAUGGAUUUCACAGGGUAAAACGUCCUUUGAAGUAGUCAAUAAUAUUUCCAUCGAUGAUACCAGAGCCUUUGGAGAUAAAGUUCGAGCCGUGUUUGGUAAUUAUUGGUUGUUAAACUUCCUGAUGCCAUUGCAUUGGGUAUUUCCUCCAGAGGAGGACCCCGUCCAUUGGCCUACAAUCAACAGGUGACGUGUGUUCAUUAAAAAAAACAAAAUCCAGCUAAAAUACUAUGAACCUCACGAUGACUACUAAAAGCAUAAACACCGUCUAAGAAUUAUAUGAUCUUGAAUAAGUUGUGGAGGUUGGACGAGACUAACAAUCAACCUGAGAUGAUGGCACACCAACAUUUACGCAAUGACCAUAUCCGGUAACGUGUGCGCAUGUCAGGGACGGAUAUUGUCAAUGUCGAUGGAAUUAACCAGCGAUUUGUGCACACUUCAUUAAAAGACACUCAGGAGUUCAACACGUUUGUUUGAUAGGAAUUUUAUCACUGAUGUACUGAAACAUUUAUUUCUCAUGACCGCCUUUAAAUUUGUACGUUUUUUGUUGAUGCGAAGCUAUCAAAAGAAAAUGGAAGCAUAGCACCUUUUCAAUGCAUUGGAAUUGGGCUUCCGGUUUCGAUUUUGACGUCAUUUAAUGUUGUGAUGUGACAUUAGUGUUACUUUGAUGAUCACCAAUGGGUACUGACCUCGACUUUUUAUUAAAAAAAUAUGCUGAAUUCAAUUAAUUCUCAAAAGCUUACAACACAUUUCAAACAAAACUGAACACAAAAAAAUAUUGUAAUAAUAGUAAAACAGUUUAACAUUAAACAUUAUUAUUAUUACAAUUUUUGAAUUUUACGUAAGCAUGUUUACGUAAUGCAUUUGAUGUUUGAAAGUAUCGGUGACGUUAGAAUACCGUUUUACAAUCAUUUCACACAUGCACAUUCGCACAUACGUAUAUUGCCCUCAUAGUAGUUAAUAUACACAUAUACCUUAGAAGCGCUUCAAACAAUUCUCAAUUUGAUGUUUAACUUCAUUGUUUGUACUGCUUAAAAGAAUAAAUAUUACCUUUGU